UGAAGCUCCGCCUAUUAACAGCACCAAAACAAACCGGUGGAAAGACCGGCAUAUGUUUACAUUUGACAGCUGAUUUUGAGCAACAGAUUAUUCAAUGAAUAUACCAUUUUAAGUGCUAACUUCUAAAUAUUUUUAUGUUGGAUAUAUAACUUAUUAUAUAUGAAACUAUGUUUACUAAUCGGAGACUAGCAAAACGGUCUAUUAUAGGGACUAAAAUCAGUGCUUUGUGGCAAGAUGGCCGUUAUUAUCCAGGGAGCAUCCAGAAUUACACAGCUGAAGAAAGUAUGGUAUUUGGAUCAACAUACGUCAUACAGUUUGACGAUGGACACAGGAAAGAAGUGCGUGCAAAUGAAAUAAUUGGACCUGGAUUUCAAACUCUCCCAUCUGUGAAACUUAAGAACGGCCAAAAACUUUAUUUAACUUUGAACGGUCGUGAGGUCCCAGGAAUGGUCAUUGAUCACGACAGAGAACAUGACGUUGUGGUUAUUAACGUAAAAAUGUCAAAUGGCGAUGAAUCGGAGAUCGAGAGAAAAACGGACGAAUUGAGACUGAUAGAAAGUAGGAAAUCGGCAAGACUUGUUGAUCAAGAUACCGAUUACUCUAAACUUGCUGACUUGACACUGAACACAAAUGAAAACAAAAGAAGCAGAACAGUUUCACACGUGAUAGAUGUGCCAUCAAAAGUUAGACAUAGAGGUCCAAACAUUGAACGUGAGGAUCAGAAUAACAGCCAGACAGAUGAUGAUGUAGAAAUGGACGAUAAUAUCGCGGCAAUGGUCCUAACGAGUUUGUCCUGCAGUCCGGUAUCUCCACACUUCCAUGGGUCAUUAUCAGAAAAAUCCCACUUGUUGUCUAGCAGUGCUAACAGUAGUGGUUUCCAUUCCGAGCCUAGAAGUGAUCCCUCCCCACCCCUCUCUAGUCAUUUGAGUGAAAGUUGCCCAAUUACGGCGGGGUUGUUUUUUGGACCCAUGGGGAAAGAUGAAGGAAUAAACGAAGAUGACGACAUGGAGAACAGUCCCGAACCAAAGAGAAAAAGAAGUUUGGGGAUGACCAAAACUAUGUUCCAAUGUACUUGGAAAGGAUGUGGGAAAGUUCACAACACAGAAUCUGCAAUAGAAAAACAUGUCAGGACAAACCACUUGGGGGGCAAAGAUUCCGAUUCUGACAUGUCUGACCAUGAAGAGGAAUUCUAUUACACGGAGAUAGAAGUGAAUGUUGACAAUGUAACAAAGACUUUCUCAGAUAUGUUCACGUCCUCACCUCCAGACAAUAAUUACAUGGACCCUGUACAGUAUAUCACAGACCAUGAUUAUCAGAGAAAAAUUGAUAUACCAGAACCUAAACGGGAAACAGUUGAUAUGAAGGAGCACAGUUAUUCCCAUAUGCAUGCCUCAUCAGUGCCGUCAGGUGGUUUCUUUCCACAUCAAGAGCUGACAGCUCCUAUUUCCAUGCCACAGAUGAAAAGGUCUUUAUCAUGGCAGAACAGUGCUAAUUUGUCUCCAGUUUCAUCUGCUGUUUCAUCACCUAUUAGAAUGACCAAGCUUUCACCUCAGGACAGAUUACAACAACACCAAGCACAAUCUCCAAAAUCUCACAUGUUUGGACAAUCACCAAAAUCAGCGGCACUUCAUAAAAAACCACGCAGUGAAGUACGGAAAUGUCGGAAAGUAUAUGGUAUGGAAAACAGAGAAAUGUGGUGCACACAGUGUAAAUGGAAAAAGGCUUGCUCAAGAUUUGUGGACUAAAGACCAACUGAACACAUUUGAUGGGUGGAUACUGUUUCAAAUUAAAGUGGUGAUAUUUUGGACCAAGAUACAACUCAUUGUAAAGAAUUGUAUCAAGUCUUGAUUAAAAAGGUUCUGCAGUGAUUUAUAGGUUGUAUAGUACUCUCUACAGUACUUUUAAAAAAUCCUAUUGGGAUUUGAAAAAGCACUUUUAUCUCCAAAUUAUAUCACCACAUUUUUAAUACAUUCUAUUAUAUAUUAAUUCAGAUAGUACCAUAGUAUUUAAAGAAAUCUAGCAACAUGGUAUCAUGAAUAUGAUUGUAUCACAACUAUUCCACUUAAUCUCAAACUUGGAGAAAUCUCUUUGACAGAAAUGAUCUUAUAAUAAAAACAAAUUGGGUCUACCAGGUCUUGACUCUAGAUCAAUCAAGUAAAAGAUAUUUUAUUAAUGUCUCAUAUAUAUAUGAAACUUAGAAUUGACAUUAAAUUACAAAGCUCAAUUAUUGAUCUCAAUAUUAAUUCAUUUGAUUCAUUUUGUAAACAAUAUGUUUCUGCUAAAAUAGGAAAAGUUUUAAAUGAAAUAAUGUAAUGUUUUGAAAAGGUUAGACGUUCACUCUUUGAUAAGUGGAUCGAACCUACUCAAUAAAAAUAAAAUUAUCUCCAUAUGAACCUUAUAUCACAAAGCUUAAUUUAGCAACAGCUAUUUUAUGAGUGGUCAUAAAGUUUUAUUUACUGUUGACUGUUAUUACGUAUACAUAAAUUACGUAUUUCAUAUAUACCAGUACAUUAAACCAGUUGAAUGAUUAUGUAUUUUAUUAUCUGUGAUAUGUUAUUGUAGUUCCCUUGAUUAAUUAGAUGUAUAGGACAUCUUAAAACAGAAAAUCUAAAUCUUAAAACACAAAAUCUAAAUCUUAAAACACAAAAUCUAAAUCUUAAAAAAAACAGAAAAUCUAAACCUGAAAAUACAAAACACAAAAUCUAAAUCUGAAAAUACAAAAUCUAAAUUUUUAAACACAAAAUCUAAAUCUGAAAACUGAAAAUCUAAAUCUGAAAACAGAAAAUCUAAAUCUUAAAACAGAAAAUCUAAAUCUUAAACAGAAAAUGUACUUUAUAAAUUCAGAUUUGUUGUCUUUUGACUAAUAAUGUAAUACCACCCAUUUCUCUGCAUUUGCCACAAUGACUUGACAAUUUUGAUAAAAGGAAUAUGGGAUAGAUGUUCUCAUGACAAAAAGUUACAUUCAAAGAACACCACUUUGUAAUUGUUAUCCAAACUCUCAAAUCUUCAUUUUCACUACUCUCUUUUGUACAAUCAUGAUCACAUGUUAUUGUUUCAUUUCAAAGUUUUAUAACAGUAAGAAUGAUUGUUGAUCAUGUAACAUAGAUAAUUCUGUAAACUGAUUUAUCGUAAAAAGACUAGCCUUCUUUUGCAGUCAGAAUUCAAGUUCAAGAGAAUGAGUGUUCCCUUUAAGUCUUACACUUUCCUUCCAUAUAGGUGAUACAGUUGACAGUAUUGUUCUUGAUGUUCCAAAAAAAAAAAAGUUUUUGGUCUUAUAACUCCCUUUCGGACCAUGCAGAGUUAUCUCCCAUUUUCAGAUCGUAUCCACUAUUUUAAAUCUUAUUCAAUUUCAUGAGGGAACGAUUAAAUCUCAGGUAUUUUUGUUAAAUUGAAUUAUUACAAUAGUGAGCUUUAAUAUUUAUUUUUAUUUGAUAUGAAAUAAUGCUUGAAUAUUUGAAAAAAUUGUAAUGCAUGUACAAAUUGUUUUACACUCACUGUAUGUUAAGUUACCUGUAUUCUAUUAUUUAGAUAUUGCAGUGCUACUUAAUAAUAACCUGAUUAUAAAUGUAUUUUAACCAUCAAUUACAUUGAGCUUUUGACAUAUUUAUUAUGCAAAGAUAUUAUUCCUUUACUUAUUUCAAAAAAUGUUAAAUUUUGAAGGUUACCAUUUUUGUAGACUUUCAACACAUAAUGAAUAUAAAUUUUUCCUGUAGCCCAUUACACUGCAUUUAUAAAUACCACUGAAGUUUAAUAGUCUCAAGAUCAACAAUACUAUAUUGUUUUUUUGGCUACUUGUUAUCAAGGGCAGAAGGAAUCAGUUUUGAUUGCCUGUAAUUGAAUAAGAUAUGUUCCGCGUGAUAUUGAUUGAUGGAUUAAUUAUUGGGGUUGAAUGCCACUUUCAGCGCUCUUGGCUAUAUCAUGGUGGCCUGAUUUUAUUGGUUGAUAAAGCCAGAUAAGCCAGAGUGGACUGCCAACCUUCACCAGGAAAACUGGCAAUCCUAGUCAAUUGUAUUGACUGUUUACAGACUAGUGAUCACUCUAGACAAAGUACUUAAACUACUUGGCCACCGAGGCCCGACAUAGAAUUGAGUUUGAUUGGAUAUCUGUUUGGACAAUUACAGACAACAAACUCAUUCACACUUAUUUUGUAUAAAAAUUGUAAAAUUAUUAACAUGCUGACCUAUAUACAGAUGAUGGUCUUUCAAUGGUAUUUUUAAAUACAUUGUAUUUUUAAUUGUAUAAUUAAGUUAUAAAGGUACAUGUAAUACAUUGACUCAACUCUUAAAAAUACCAAUUUCCUAUGAAUAAAAAUUUACAUUCAUCAGAUAAAAAAACCCUUUUUCCCUAAUAACACAAUUUCAUCUACAUGUAGAGCUUUUCAGUUUGAAAACCUUCAAUUGUGAGUCAUAGCAAUUUUAUAAAACGACUUUUAACAUGUUUAAAGUUUGAUCUUAUGAUCUUUUCAUCACUUAAACAUCGACAUGCAAUGUAGAAGAAAACUUAAGACUGAAAACUUUUUGUUCAAAUUCAAAUUGAUCACUUUAUCACUGAUAAUUUCCUUGAAAUCUUUAAUUGUAUUGAAGACUUGUUGAAGUUAAGCUUCCUUAUGUAAAAAAAGUUAUGUUAUUUAUAUAUGAUUUUUAUGGCCCUGCCAUCAUUGGAGGGGCAUAAAGUGUUACCCUUGCCUGUAUGUCCCAAAAUUGGUUUCCAUUCUCUAACUUUAGUUUGCCUCAAAAAAAUGUUAUGAAACUUAUAAACAAUGCUUAUUACCACAAAAUACAGAUCAGGUUCAAAUUUGGGUGGCGUCACUUUUACCAUUCUCGAGUUAUGUCCCUUUAUAACGUUAUAUGCAGGGGGGGACACCAUCUGUGUCCCAUGGACAAAUUCUCCAUUUAUUUUCUGUGAAGUUCUAAAAUGGUGAGGAAAUUAAAUUUUUUUAUACGACCCCAAAAAUUAAAAUUUUUUUUGUCGUAUAUUGGUAUCACGUUGUCGUCGGUGUCGUCGUGUUCGUCAGCGUCGUCCGAAGACAGAUGGUUUCCGGAUAAUAACUUUAGUAUAAGUAAAUAGAAAUCAAUAAAAUUUUAACACAAGGUUUAUAACCACUCAAGGAAGGUUGGGAUUGAUUUUGGGGGUUAUGGUCCCAACUGUUUAGGAAUAAGGGGCCAAAAAAGGGGCCCAAAAAAGCAUUUUUGUAGUUUCAAGACAAUAACUUGUGUUUAAGUGUAUGAAUCUCUCUGAAAUUAUACCACAAGUUUCCAUACAACAAAGGGAUGGUUAGGAUUGAUUAUGGGGGGGGGGUUAUGGCACAAACCAUUUAGGAAUUAGAGGCAAAAAAGGCGGAAAAACAAGAUUUUUUCUGGUUAAAGGACAAUUAAGUCAAUUUAAAGCAGUCUAAGGGAGGUAAUCCAAUCCCAAUUUAAAACAACAAUGUUUGAUUACCUGCCUUACACUGCUUGUAAAUUAUGUAUUAAGAAAUGACGAUUGUCUUGAGGUGAUUAGCUGUCAAUUUAUUUUUAAGAGUUAGUAUUAAUUAAUAUUAAUUUUAGCCAUGACUAUGUAUAUCAUUUUAUAUUUUAAGACUUGUAUGAUGUAUUUAAAAGGGUAAUUAUGGUUGCAAAUUUUAUUAAAAUUUGAAUUGAGAUUAUGACUAUAUCUUGAGGGAAUGAUUUUUUUUGGAAUAAGGGAAAGGGGAGGUGAAAAACAAUUGGGGUUGGGGGGGGGGGGGAAAUAAGAAUUUUUUGGGGACUCUAUUUUUUCUCAUUUCAGAUUUCAGAAAUUUAAAAGAAAAUUUCUUCAAAUAUUUUUUUUGGUUGUUAAUAUUCAACAGGAUAGUGUAUUGAACAAAAGCAAAAAAUGGGGUCAAUUUUAUUUAGGGGGGGAGGUGGUCAAUUUGCAACAGCAUAGUGUAUUGCACAAAAGCAAAAAAUUGAAUAUAAAUUCAAAUCAUAUAACCAAUUUUUAAGUUCUUUGACUACAGUUAUUCUGUGGCAGAAACCUAUUAUGUGUCAAAUAUUUACUUACAAUCCAAAUUCAAACCUGUAUCAAGCGUGAAUAUUGUGUCCAUUUUGGCCCCAACUUUUCAGGGUUGGACAUCUGCGGUCGUAUCCAGCUGCGCUCAGCGAAGCAAUUUAUUAAAUCUUGAACUUUAUCAUAAAACCCUGAAUAAACCAUUGUGAUACACUCUAGAAUCUUAUAAUUGACUAAUUUCUAAGUGUAAAUAUGUACAUACUUAAGAGUUAAUUUUCAUUUCAUAUAUUUUAGAUUGCAAAUGUCUUAUCUUGUCAUUUUAAAGGUCAAUCUUGUCAUUUAAAAACCAAUUUUCACACUAUUAUCCUGUGUACACUGUAAUUUAAUGAUAAGUUUGUCUGUAAAAUGUCAGUACAUACUUACUAUAUUUAUUUAUUUAUUUAUUUUAUCAACACUAUGGAUUAUUAAAUUGAACACUCCUUUAGGAAUAACUUAUAUUGUUAGAAAAAAGAAAAAAAAUUGCAUAUCUUUGUUUAAGAGGUGUUUGAGUCAUUGAUUAAUCUACAAUAACUAAUGAUUUCAAUUUUAUAUUGGAAGUUUUCUUGUAGGAAUUAUUCCAACAAAAAUAAAGGUAUACAGAUAGACUUAUAAUAUAAAUAUAGGCAAUGUCUGUUUUUAUUAGACUGUUCAAUUAACCCUUGGUAUCCUCUCUCUUUCUACUACUAUGGGGGUGUUUAAUGACCUUGACUACCCAUGAGGGUCUCUCCUGAUCAGUAUGUAAAAAAAGACAUCUCUCUUUCUAUAGUACAGCUUUAUCAUUUAUUGUACAAAAUAUGACAAGUUCAUGCUGAAUUUGGGAUUCCUUGCAUGUCACCUAUACACAGUGAUUUUUAUUUUGUUUGUUAUCAAUUUUUAGUGCUGUUUUGAUAUCCUUGUCUAAAUGACGUUGUUGUGUAUAUUUUUAUGACAUGUCAUAAAGUACUCUUAUAUUGAUUAGAUUUAGAAUUAAUCUUGAUGUCCAUUGGAGUAUUGUCCAGGGCAGUCUAUGUAUUAGGCAGUUUCUAAAACCAUUUAUUUAUGCAUAACCUGCAUCUGUGAAAUUUGGUUCUUGGGGAAUAUGCCAUUGAGAAAGAUGGGGUUUCAGUUAAAUUUUAAAAAAAAUUUAACUUAUAGUGAAAAGAAAACUUUCCAGAGAUAGGCGUUCUGAACUUUGGGUAACCCAUAUCUGUUCUUAAACUGCAGUUUAUUAUUCAUUUUGGUAUGCUAUAAGACCAGACAAUAUUAGAAUUUUUGUGAAUAAAGUAUGUGAUAGUAAAUGCAGAGCAUUACCAGAAUGAUCUCCCUUAUACUGUUACCAAUGCAGUCAGUAUGUGUUUUUGUCCAGUGUUCAUCAAUUCUCUUUAAUAAAAGGUGUUUUUUAUGCCCCCGCCGUAGCGGUGGGGGCAUUAAGUUUUACCCUUGUCCGUCUGUACAUACGUACGUACGUACGUACGUCCGUACGUCCCAAAAUUGGUUUCCGUUCUCUAACUUGAGUUUGCCUCAACCAAAUGUUAUGAAACUUAUACACAAUGCUUAUUACCACAAAACACAGAUCAAGUUUGAAUUUUGGUGGCGUCACUUUAACUGUUCUAGAGUUAUGCCCCUUUAUAAAUUGAAAAAUUGCAAAAUUUUUAGUUUCCGUUCUCUAACUUAAGUUUGCCUCAACCAAAUGUUAUGAAACUUAUACACAAGGCUUAUAACCACAAAACACAGAUCAAGUUUGAAUUUUGGUGGCGUCACUUUAACCGUUCUAGAGUUAUGCCCUUUAUAAAUUGAAAAAUUGCAAAAUUUUUAGUUUCCGUCCUCUAACUUAAGUUUGCCUCAACCAAAUAUUAUGAAACUUAUAUACAAUGCUUAUUAUCACAAAACACAGAUUAAGUUUGAAUUUUGGUGGCGUCACUUAAACCGUUUUAGAGUUAUGCCCCUUUAUAAAUGGAAAAAUUGCAAAAUUUUUAGUUUCUGUUCUCUAACUUAAGUUUGCCUCAACCAAAUGUUAUGAAACUUAUACACAAUGCUUAAUACCACAAAACACAGAUCAAGUUUGAAUCUCGGUGGGGUCACUUUAACCGUUCUAGAGUUAUUUCAAUUUAUAUUUCAAAUAUAUUAUACAGUACAUGACCUUUAGUUGUUAACUUCUAUGUCAUUUGGUCUGUGGUGGAGAGUUGUCUCAUUGGCAGUGAUACCUCAUCUUCUUAUUUUUAUGUAAGUGAUGAGAUUUAAAAAGAAAACCACAAGAUUAGAUCAAUUUCUACCUACAUACAGAUUAAUGUUAUUUAUAUUGCCGUGCAGUUAGUUUAUUUUAUUGAAGACCACAAAUGAAUGUAUGAAUGAAAUUUUAUGUAUUUUGUUGUGUGCAUUGUAGUAAGAUUAUUUAGUCUUUCAUUUUUAUUGAAACCGGUUUUAUUUUAACUGUGUGUACAUGUUUAUAUACAUAUAGGUUUCAUAUUUUAAAUGUGUUCAUUGUAAAUCUACCCAUAAUAGUCAUCGUAAUAGAUUGUAGUUCAUAAAUAGUACCCCUCAAAAAUCAAAUUUCACUGGUGAUAGGGAAACUUCCUUUAUAGAGACUUUAUUUUUGUAAAUGUAAGGCCAGUAAUGGCCCGAGAACACAGUUAUUUUGUAGUGCAUUUCUUUUAGACAAUAAAUUCAAAUUAAAAAAAUCGCACCUGCUCUAUCUCAAAAAGAUUUUUACAGUGUAGUGUACUACUAUUGAUACAAAUAAUAUCAAAAUUAUAGAAACUUCUACCAGCUCUAACUCAAAAUAUUGACAAUUCUGUGUUUAGGGGGGCUAAAAUUCAGUUUGACAGCUUCCGACAUUCUAAUUUUUGACCUUUUUUAACUGGACCAAAUCACUACUUAACAUAAAGAUUCAGCACCCAAAUUUUUUUAACAUGUAAUUUCAUCCCCUUACUUAAUAUUUCAUGCAUAAAAUAUCAAGAAAUAAAUUGGAAAAGUGUAUCAAAAAAAAAUGCAAGUUAUACACUGUUCACACUAGGGACUAUAUUCGUAGACAACGAAAACCAAAGGACGAUAACUGUGUCCUUGGACCUAAUAGGAUAGAAAGACUUGACCAAUUUUAAUAAAACUUUGCAUGACCUAAGCUUAGGCAAUUUUAAGAUAGUUGGCCAAGUUUCAUGGCCAUAGGAUAUAUAUUAUAGAAACUAGGGCCAUUUUAAUAUUGAAAUUUGGAUGUUUAUUUUUGACGUUUAAAUCAAAUAUUUUCAACUGUCAAGAUUUUGGCCUAAAAUAUUUAAAUAUUGCAAAAAUUUGCUUUUUAAAUACUCUUGAAUUUAAUAUAAUAAGUAUUAAAAGCAACGGAACACUCAUUUGAUUUAUCAGAUUUAUUACAGUUAUUCAAAAGUCAAAUUUAUAUGAGCCUGUGCCUGAAAAUAGAGAUUUUCGAAUUAAGGGAAGUCUUACAUAAACAUGCAUUUUUUUCAACCAAUUUGAAGUUUUGAAGGUUUUUAACCAUACAUUAUUCUUCCAUAUAUAUUAAAUGUACUUUAAAUGUAAAGAAAAGUUACAAAAACCAUACCACAUGAGUAUAAAAUGGUCUUAGGCUAUGUAAGACUAAGAAUUAUUUAGAGUCGAUUUAGGCCGUAGCCCAUAUUUACAUAUAAAAAUGCACACAGAGGCUAUAAGGAAGUGAAAUUUGUUACUUUUUGCUCAUUUCUAUGCUAAGAUGUCAUGAUACAAGAAGUCUAAUUGCAAAAGGACUCUUGAAUUCAACUUUUUUCUGCAGACAGUAUGGUCUGAUGACCAGUUUUUCACUUUUCAAUGGAAAACUUGCAUGUAGUUUUAGUCUCAUUUGGCAUAUAUUUGAACCACUUACUAUCCUAAAGAAGAAAAUUAUAGUAGCAUAUGAAAUGAAUAGGGUGUACUGAUCAUUGUAAAGUGUUUUUUUUACAGAUUUAGUGAAAUAUUUGUGACGGACUACAGAUUUUAUGUACAAAGCUCUUCACAUUUCACAUACAUCAAACAGGCCGUUUAACCAGGGACAUAAAUACAAAUAUUCUGCACAUUUUUUCUGUGAUAAUCUACUUUUCUCUAGAUUCCGAGUUCACAAAUGGUUAAUUAAAUUUGAUUUAAGCAUAGAAACACAAAUAUCAGGAACAUAAAAAGCUGUCAGAUAGAAAGUCAGCAUGGCUCUUAGGCAUAAAAUGGAAACUGCUUUAAAAUGCUUAUUUUAGCCUUAUAAUGCCAAAAUGGGACAUUUUAACAGAAUUUCUGUCAAACAAAGAUGUAAAUCCUUUACUUUUAUUGAGUUUGACAAAUUGAAACCAGAAAACCAUUCAGGAAAGUUGCCAAAGUACAGAAUCUACAUUUACGGAAUUCAUCUCUUAGGCCCGAGAACACAGUUAUUUUGUAGUGCAUUUCUUUUAGACAAUAAAUUCAAAUUAAAAAAAUCGCACCUGCUCUAUCUCAAAAAGAUUUUUACAGUGUAGUGUACUACUAUUGAUACAAAUAAUAUCAAAAUUAUAGAAACUUCUACCAGCUCUAACUCAAAAUAUUGACAAUUCUGUGUUUAGGGGGGCUAAAAUUCAGUUUGACAGCUUCCGACAUUCUAAUUUUUGACCUUUUUUAACUGGACCAAAUCACUACUUAACAUAAAGAUUCAGCACCCAAAUUUUUUUAACAUGUAAUUUCAUCCCCUUACUUAAUAUUUCAUGCAUAAAAUAUCAAGAAAUAAAUUGGAAAAGUGUAUCAAAAAAAAAUGCAAGUUAUACACUGUUCACACUAGGGACUAUAUUCGUAGACAACGAAAACCAAAGGACGAUAACUGUGUCCUUGGACCUAAUGAACAGUUGUUUACAAAAUAUCUCCAAUAUAGAACAUUUUUAGUUGCUCUGGUAUUUUAUCUAAAGUUCGUUUUCUAUAAAGUUUUAUUGGAAUUGUUUUCAAAUUAUAAUUUAUGUAGUGAGUUUGCCAAUACAUAUCCAGAGUGAAAAGCAUGCUAAAAUUCAUAUUUAAAAAAAAAAAGAGUUUAAUUAUGCAUCAGAUAUCUUUAAUACCACAGCCAUCAAAGUGAUAAAUAAACAUAAACCCUACAACAUAUACAAGGAGAUAUGAUGGCGAAACAGAUACCAAUAACAUAAAAACUCAAAGUUCUUACAAUAUACCCUUCCAACCGUGUAUGCAAUUUAUCAAAUAAUAAUUAAGGCCUCAAUCGUUUAAUUUUCAUUUCUUUGGAAAUAACAGGGUGCAGUCAAGCAAAAUCUUAUUUUUGAUAUACUGGUAUGUUCCUCCAAAAAAGCAAGGCACUAAUAGCUUGACAAAUCAUCAUGCAAUCUUUCAUGUGCAUAUGUCACUUACGAUGAUGAAAAUUGACAUUUGUAUGAUGAUGAAAAUUGACAUUAUAUGCUUCAUGAUAACAUCAUUUUGAUUCUUUAUUAAUGAACUUUGAAUGAAGUGAUUUUAACUCUAGGUUUUAAUAUUAAGUCUACUUGAAGAUAAGACUUUUUGAAGAUAAGUCUUUUUGAAGAUAAGUCUUCUUGAAGAGUUAACUCCCCUGAUUGAAUAGUGCAUGGUUUCAACUUACAUAUUUUACUUGUUUAUAAAGUAUAUUUAUAUAUCAUUGUUAUUCUUUUUUUUUUGAAUUUUAAAAUUAUAGUUUGAACAUGUUAUUAUUGUAAAUAUGUAAAUAAUAAAGAUUCAAAUAAAUUGUGAAAUACAUAAUGAA